AUGAAUAAUCCUAAUGAAAAUCAAGCUAUUGAUAUUAAUAACGCUAGAAUCUCUAAUGUGACCGAACCCUCAAAUGCUAAUAACUUGAUAAACGAUCGAAAUAGUCAGAAUUUGUUUAACUGGUGUGAAGAGGAUGGGGAAUUUGAGUUUGAUGAUGAAUUUCCUAGGAUUGUCAGAAAUCAAACUGAAGUUGUACAACAAGGAGGUGAUCAUCAUGAAUCUCAACCACCGCUGCAAUCUGCUCAACUUGAAUUGGUCGAUAAUGAUAGUGAUUUCAAUUUUGAGGGAGAUGGAAUCAUUGGUUCGAGGCAAAUUUCUUCAUCAAUUAUUAAUAAUGAUCAAGUAACCACAACUAUAACAACUGAUAAGAAUGUCAUAGAAGGGCAAAAACAAAAUGACGAAGAGGAGGUUGGUUCUUCGCAACCAUCUCCUAUUAAUCAGGAUACUUUUCAAAAUUUGGAUGAUUUGAUGACAGACGAAAUUGGUAAAAUAAAUCAUGGUAAUUUAUGUACUGCACAAAAUAAUGAAGUUCCAGUGCAAUCAGUUUUGAUUGAUCAAAAGGAUGUUGUUACUUUAGAAGAUGUGAUUACAAAAUCUCAAUCCCCUGAAAAAGUUCUGAAGUCUAAACAAACGCCACAAAGAGGCAGACAACGGAAGAGUGCAAAGAAAACAAGAGUUGAUGCAGAAAUAAUGAUUUCAGCUGCUGAAAACACUAAAUCGUCACCAUUCAAAUAUAAAAAUGAUCAAGCCGAUCAGAAUGAAUAUUUGUCAGCCUCAGAGAAUGAUCCAAAAACCAAAUCUGGUAGAAAGGUUCAAAGGCCAGAGUAUUUCAAUCCUACAAUUUUUGGAUAUCGCAAAAAGCUUGCAUUGGAAUCUAAAGACUUUGUCAUUAAUACUUCAAAGAAAACAUAUAAAAAAACUGGUAAACGUAGAACCAAGCACAAGCUUAAAAAUGCGAAUUUUCCACUUUCUGAAAAUAAUCCUGAGAUCUCAUCAGAAGAUAAACAAAUGUAUGCGGUAGAUGCAUCAACGAAUUCGCAAGACUUAAUACCGUUACAAACAUCAAAUGGAUCGAUUCUUUAUGAUCCAAACGAUCCAUCUACAAUAUAUGUUGAUCCUGAAGAUGAUAACAUAGUAUGUGUUUUUUGUUGUGAUGGAACUUCUGAAAAACACAAUUGGAUCGUUUUUUGUGACAAGUGUGAUGCACCCUAUCAUCAACGUUGUCAUAAACCCACGAUAGAAGAUAACGUGGCGGAAGAUUCUCAUUCAGAGUGGAUAUGUUCAAAUUGUAAAAAUAUGCCUCGGUUAAGUAAACGAAUAAAAGUUGACAAAAAGAAUCAUGAAAUUCAUGAGAUUUACGAGGAUAAAGAAAAGUUACGUGAAGUUACAAAACCAUUGCCAAUUGGUGCAGUGCUGACGAGAGAACAGAAAGUAGAAUAUCUUUCGUCUUUAUCGCAAGAUGUUUUGGUAAACCUUUUAUUGUUAGCAGAGCAAAUGGAGCCUAAUAUCCCAUUGUAUCCGGCAAACAUUUUGAGAAAAUAUACUACAUCUAACAUGUUAUCUAGCAAUAUUGAAACGGAUGACACAAAUCGAUCCCCUCAAGACACAGGGGAGUUAGUAGUGGAUGCACCUUCGUCUGGUUUAUCGACAGCAGAAGUUUCAAACCUAUCAACAUUGGACAUAUCAACAAAUCUGAACCCUGAAAAUAUUGAACCUGCACCUCAGAAUAAUUCUGACCAAGAUGCUCAACAAGAACCUAUAACUCCUGAUUCAGAACCAAGUUUACCUUCAAGCAGUUUGAAAGAAAUUACUGAACAUAGUAAAGAUUCAUACUUAAAUCUGUACAUAAAAGCAAUGUCCGAGAUCGGAAAUCCUAACGGCAGUACUGCACAAACUAUGCAUGCCUGGAUUAAAAGCAAUUAUAAUGUACCGGAGAACUUUUCCGCACGUGCAAAGAAAUCUCUUCAUUAUGCCGUUCAUAAGGGCAUUUUCAUAAAGAACAGUAGGAUGACAUAUAAAUUUAAUCCCGAUUAUAUUAAAGCGGUCAAUAUAAAUGAUCAUACAACUGCAACUCCAACUCAAAAUGCGGGAAUAAAUGUUAAUGAAAAUGAUGGUACAUCUUACAAAGAACUUACAGCAGGAUUGCAGAAUGAUGGAGAAACACCUGGUAUUGAAAAGCGAAAUUCUUUAGCAGAAAUCAAAGAUUUUAAUUUUUAUACAAAUCAAGAAUUCUUUCUUGACUCAAUUUUGGAUGCGAAUCUUCUUGGUAAAGGUGAAGAUACUUAUACGCCAUCAACUAGCUCCAGCCUGACGAAUACGGAUAAUCAUAAUGCAGAGAACGAUAACAACGUUUCUAUUACGGAUCAAUAUAAUCAAACAUCGGCAUCACCUGAAAAGCAACCAGCACAAUCAAUAUCGAGAAUACAAAAACUUUCGGUUAAUACGCCGAUGAUGAUGAAUAAUGAACAAACGCGUUCAGAUAUUCGACUUCCACCAUUGGCACCUAAACCAUCGAUUGACGUUCUUCCAUCGAUAAUCAGGAGUAGUCCUGUUCAUUAUCAACCAUCGCAGCAAAUCACCAACCGUCAAAAUGAAUUAAUUUCCAGUUCGAUUGGAGGUAAUAAUUAUUUUUCAUAUUCAAUAAUUCAACCGCCACAAGUUCUUCCAAAGAAACGAAUUUUACCAUUACCUCAAGUUAAUAAUAAUCAUAAUACCACAAAAAUCCGACCUUCCUCUCCGAAUUAUUCUAUUUUAAUGCCAACAGUUAUCAGAGGUGGUAAUCAACUAUCGCAACAGCCACAUCAAAUGUAUGAUCAUACUAAAAUACGAGCACCAUCAUCAUCGAUUCCUUCACUUCAAUCAUUGCCAACGAUUCAUAAUUCAACGACAAUGCCACCAUCACCACUGCAACAACACACACUGCAACAAGCCUGGCCAGCGUCAUUCAAUUCAUUUUAUAUGGCUCCACAAACUAGUGAUAACCAAUAUACAACUUUAUUUGAUAAUACUUUUUAUGAUCCCACUCCUCAACCAUCGCAACAACAUCACCAACAACAUAAUAAUGUGGUUAAUGAUCUACACCAACAGCAACAGCAUCAUAAUGAAAACAAUUCUCUGUUUAAUAGAAUAGGUGGUCAACAAGACAAUCUUGGUACUUCAAGGUCUUCUUUAUCGAUGUAA